AUGUGCCACGCUGCUUGGCGGCCCCGUUUUUCUGCCCCGCUUUAUUUUCGUUGUACUGCGAGCGAGCGUGUGCUGGUGCACUCUCUCCCCUGCAAUUGCCGAAAGAACCGGUGCAGGUGUCUCUGUGUGUCUGUCUGCAGUAUUGAUGUGGCCAGCUUGACAACCCUCCUCCGUUCUCCUCCUGAGAUUCACAGGGGUGCUCUCCCACCACGCUUAAAAAGGGGACACAGGCACGUACGUAUAAGCAUUUAG